AGUGAGUAUAUGGUGAAGUAUAGAUUAUUGAUGAUUAGAAAAUAAAUUGACAAAUGAUUGCUUCAAAAAUUUUUUAUCAUUUAUUUUUUUUUACCAAUGUUUCUUUUUCCCUGCUUUUAUCUCCUAGGCUUAAUCUUUUUAAAUAAAAAGCAAAAAUAAAACACCAUGCAGCUUUACAAUGGCUCCUAAUGUUCUAUCAACGUUUACAUUCGAAACUAUAUUUAUUCUAUCAAGAUCGAUGUACCCGUCACGUCAUGCCAUCAUAGAAACUUUAAUUUUUGAUCUAUUUUAUUUUUAUUUGUUGCCUUGCUACCAUCAUCUCCUGUUAUUGUUAUUAUCAUUUCGAUGUUCGAACAGCUCUUUUUCCUGUCACAAUACGGAAGCAAUCGUCUUUUGAUCCUUAUUUUUAUCAUCGUGUGGCUAUCUGCUACCAUCCCACAUUCUCAUUUUGUUAUGUGUUAUUUUAAUCGUUUAUCAGGUAUUUAUGUAUAUAUAUUCAUAUUAUUUAUAGUGAUUUUGAUGUUGAAGUUGAAGUCGAGAUGUUUUUAUUUUGUUUUCGAGAAUAGAAUCAUGAAGAAAAAAAAGCAGAGAAUUAUGAUGUUUGAACCUCCUUUAAGUAUUCAUAAAGAAUUUUAUCGACUAUGUUGCAAAUCUCAAGAGACUAUAUUGUUUUUCCGUGAUUUUUUAAUUUAACUAUAUUGGUCUAGAGAAAUUUAUAUGAAUAAUCUAAAUGAAAUAUGCUAUAAAAGACUCUCUAUGGUAUUCGGAUCAAAGAAACUAUUGAAUCGAUUCGAUUGUUAUUAAUUAGUAGAUGAAAACAGUCAAAAAAAACGAACUAAUUUUUCUUCGAUAAGAUUUGCAAUAUUCAAUGUAAUGAAAAUACAUUAUUCAAUAUUUCUCAAAAUAGAAUAAUAAUAACAUUCUUAAUUAUAUUUAAAUCUCUAUGUAAAAAACAAAACAUCAUAUAUUUCUAGCGAUUUCAUCACCGUCGGAAGCUCAAAUCGUGAUUGGCGCCUUCUUUUCCUUACAUAAUCCUCCAACAUCACAUGGAGGUGGUCGAUUACGAGAAUGUGGUGACAUUCGUGAAGACUAUGGUAUUCAUCGAGUAGAAGGCACAUUCUGGAUUCUUGAUCAAAUCAAUGCAAAUCAGUCCAUAUUACCAAAUAUUACUGUAGGUUAUCAAAUUCGUGAUUCAUGUUGGUAUGCACCUGUUGCUCUUGAACAAACUAUUGAAUUUAUUGGUAAAUCAGUAUUAAAUGUUGGAGAUUUAAUUGCAACUUCUAAUGGAAAUCGAGCUCAAUUAGCUGCUAUUAUUGGUCCUGGUGAUAGUUCAAUUACCAUGCAAACACAUAAUAUAUUACAAUUAUUUGAAAUGCCACAAAUUGGUUAUUCAGCUACAGCUAAACAAUUAAGUGAUAAAGAAAAAUAUAAAUAUUUUACACGUGUUAUUGCAUCAGAUACUCAACAAGCACAAGCAAUUGUUGAUAUUAUAAGACAAUUUCAAUGGAGUUAUGUUGCUACUAUUGGUACUGAAGGUGAUUAUGGUCGUGGUGGUGUUGAAGCUAUUCGUCGUUUACUUAAUAAAGAUGCAUGUAUUGGUGCAGAUUUAACUAUGCCCAUUGGUGCAAAUAUAACAGUUGCUAGUCAAUUAAUCAAACAACUUGUAAUUCGGGCACCUCGUGCACAAGUUCUUAUAUGUUUUUGUCUUGAUCAUUCGAUUCGAGCUAUUUUACAAGCAAUAAAUGAAUUAAAUUAUACACAACGAUUUAUUAUUCUUGCUAGUGAUGCUUGGGCAGAUCGUCUUAAUGUAAUACCAAACAAUACUGAAACUGUAGCAUUAGGUGCAAUUACGAUUAAAGCACGUUCAUUACGUGUACCCGGUUUUGAACAAUAUUUUCGUAAUUUACAUGUAUAUAAUAAUACACGAAAUGUUUGGUUUCAUGAAUAUUGGCAACAAAAGUUUGCUUGUACAUUAAAUGGUUAUGCUAAUAAUUCUACUCGUCGACCAAAUAAAUAUCCUCGAUUAUGUACACCUGAACGUGAAAGUCUUAAGAGAGUACCUUAUAAUGAAGAUCCAAAACUUGCAUUUGUUAUUAAUUCCAUAUUAGCUGUUGUACAUGGUCUAGAUAAAAUGCAUAAACAAGUUUGUAAUGGAACAAGUGGUUUAUGUCCAGAUAUGGCUCGUAUGAAUUCAUCAUUAUUAAUGCAAUUUUUAAAAAGUAGUCGAUUUACGGGAAUUACUGGCGAAGAAGUAUUUUUUGAUGAAAAUGGUGAUGGUCCUGGAAGAUAUGAUAUAUUAAAUUUACAAGGUAUUGCAGAUGAUUUCGAACAUCAUCUUCAUUAUGUUCAAGUUGGAACAUGGAGUACAGGAAAAUUAACUUUAAAUACAUCAGCAAUGCGAUUUUUUUCUGAUCAACGUCCAUUAGAACAACUGAAUGUUCGUCGUUUCUGUAGUGAAUCUUGUCAAAGGGGUCAUGUUAAGAAAUAUACAGAUGACGAAAAAUGUUGUUGGAAAUGUCAUUCAUGUGGUGAUGCUAUUGUACUUGAUGAAACGACAUGUUUUACUUGUCCACCUGGAUUUUGGCCAAAUGAGGAUCAGACAGCUUGUGGUCUUUUACCAAUAACAACAAUCAAUUUUCGUCAUCCAUUAUCAAUUAUAAUAUGUUUCGUAGCUGCUGUUGGUAUACUUAUAAGUUUUUUUGUUGUUUAUAUAUUUGUACGUUUUAAUGCAACACCAGUUGUUAAAUCAACGACACGAGAAUUAAGUUAUUUAAUAUUAAUGGGUAUUUUAUUUUGUCAUUUAACUGCAUUUGUUGUUUUACAAAAACCAUCAUUUAUUAUAUGUGUUUUAACACGUUUAUUACCUGGUAUAUCAUUUUCAAUGAUAUAUGGUUCAUUAGUAACAAAAACAAAUCGUAUAGCACGUAUAUUAGCACGUAGUAAAAAGAAAAUAAUAACCAGACGAUUAAAAUUUAUGAGUGCAAGACAUCAACUUGCCAUAGCUUGUUUUAUACUUGUGACUGAAGUAACUAUUGUUGCUGUUACUGUUUAUCGAGAUCCACCAAAAGCUGUUCUAAUUGAAACAGGAGGACGUUUAUUACUUACAUGUAAAAAAUCACUUCAAGGUAUUGUAGCUCCACUUGGUUUUGAUGGUCUUCUCGUUUUUUUAUGUACACUUUAUGCUAUUAAAACAAGAAAUUUGCCAGAAAAUUUUAAUGAAGCGAAAUUUAUUGGUUUUUCAAUGUAUACAACAUGUGUUAUAUGGUUAGCAUUCGCUGCUGUUUAUUUUGCUAUUGAUGUUAAAGUUUUUUCAUUAUGUGUUGCAACCAAUGCCAGUGCUUAUGUUGUACUAAUAUUUCUCUUUUUUCCAAAACUUUAUUUAAUUAUAUUUAAACCAGAAAAAAAUCAACGAAGUGCAUUUGCAACAAAUAAAGAUAUUCGUUGUCAUUUUGGUUCAUCAACAACAUCGAAAAGUGACAUGUCAUCUUAUCGUUAUAGUGAAGGUUCAUCAUUAUUUCGUAAAUCAGUUUUACAUCGUAUUCGUUUUGGUAAUACAUUACGAUUAAAAGCAGAUUUUCCUAAUUCAGCUGCAUCAUCAUUACGUACAAAUGAUUUUCCUGGUAGUGAUCGUCGUCCAUCACGUUCUCUAUCAGCUUAUCCAGAUCAAUGGCUACAUCAUCAUCAUCAUCGUCGUCUAUCAAAUACACCUCAAUUACCAAUAGCAACAGCUAGCGCAGAUGAUUUAUCUUAUCAUACAAGUAUCCUAACUCAGAAAACAUUAGAUAAUAUACCAGCAGCACUAGUGAUAGAUUCACCUAAUGUUCCUCAACCGCCAAUACCACCGGCACCAGUUUUAUCACCAUCUUCUCCAGCAACUUCAGCUAUUAUCACUGAGGUAGAAAAUCAUGAAAAAUCAUCGAUCAUUCCAGAACAACAGCCACAACAACAACAAUCGUCAAUAACACAUUUACCCGAUUGUAUUUAUGCAACAAACCAAUCGAACACAGUGAAUUCUAUCGGACCUCAUGAUUGUAUUCGACAACGUGGUAAAAGUAGACGUGGAAAGACUCGUUCAGAUUCAAAUAAUGAUUUAACAUUUUCAAUGAAAACAACUGAUAUUGAAAGUGAAUCAUCAAGUGCAUGGACAAAUGAAGGUAUAGGAAUACAUCCUAUACCACCAACAAUAACAAAUCCUGAAUCUGUUUGUGCAUGUCAAUUACUAUGGCAAUUAGAAAGAGAAACAGAUAGUAUUGAUAAGUUUAAAUUAUUUUUUAAACGAGAUCAUUUAAAUGUCGAUUGGGAUUAUGUACAAGGUUCGAGUGAAGUUUAA